AUGCGCCGCUCCUUUCAUAUAGCUGCCUCGGCUCUGGCGGUAGCGACUAUAGCCACCGCCGCCACUAUCGAAGACCUGUGUACAGUCUCCAACGUGCAAGCCGCCCUUCCCGUCAACGGAACGCUGCUCGGCAUUGAUCUCAUACCAUCUUCCGUAACGACAGCUAUCGUGUACAACGCCACUGCCGAAGAAACCACCAAGCUCUACGACUAUUGCAACGUCACGCUUAGCUAUGCACACACUGGCACAACCGACAUUGUCAAGCUCAACUAUAUCUUGCCAAGCCCCGAUGUGUUCUUGAACAGAUUCCUCGUCACCGGCGGUUUUGCCUAUCAACUCAACACGGAUUUCCUCGGAUCACUCGUGUAUGGUGCUGCCACUGGCGGCACAGAUGGUGGUUAUGGUGCAUUGGAAGGCACAUCCUUCAGUAGCGUACUCUUGAAGGGCAAUGGUAGUAUUAACUGGGAUAACACAUACAUGUUCGCCUACCAAGCAUUGGGCGAGCUGACCAUGGUUGCAAAGCCUCUUCUUCAGGGCUUUUAUGCUACCUCAGACAAAAUUUACACCUACUUUGAGGGUUGCUCAGAUGGCGGACGACAGGGCCUCAGCCAGAUCCAGCGAUACGGCGACCUCUACGACGGCGCUAUUCUGGGUGCUCCGGCCAUCCGCUACGGACAGCUCCAAGUGAGCCACUUGUACUCGAACCUCGUGGAAAAGACCCUGGACUACUAUCCAUCGGCAUGCGAACUUGCAAAGAUUGUCAAUGCAACCAUUGAUGCCUGUGAUCCUCUGGACGGCAGAACGGACGGUGUCAUCUCACGCUCAGAUCUUUGCAUGCUCAACUUUAACCUGACAUCGAUUGUGGGCGAGUCCUAUUCUUGCGCUGCUGCGUCGGACGGUUCCUCGCCAGCUGUAGAAGGAUCCGUUAGUGCAGAGGGUGUCGCUGUCGCCCAAGGAAUUUACGAUGGUCUUCAUACCCUUGACGGAGACCGAGCGUAUGUCUCGUACCAAGUCGGUUCUGCUUUUAGCGAUGCUGCAACACUAUACAACUCGGACAGUGAUUCAUGGGGGCUUAACAUCAAUCGCAAAGGAGGCGAAUACGUGGCCAAGUUUGUUGAACUGCUCAACAUUGACAACUUGCCGGAUCUCGAUAAUGUUACCUACGACACCCUCGUGGACUGGAUGACCACGGGCUUUGAGAGGUACGCGGACAGCUUGCAGACCAGUCUGCCCGAUCUUACCAAGUUCCAAUCGCACGGCGGCAAAAUGAUCAACUACCACGGCGAAUCCGACCCCAGUAUCCCGACCGCCUCGACGAUCCGUUAUUGGCAGUCGGUCCGCUCCAUCAUGUACCCCAAUGAGUCGGAAGAAGACUCUCUCGCGGCCAUGUCGGAAUGGUACCGACUGUACCUUGUGCCCGGCGCAGACCACUGCAAGCGCAACACCCUCCAGCCGUGGGGACCGUACCCCGUGGGCAUUGUGUAUGCCGUCAUCAACUGGGUCGAGUUUGGAAUAGCGCCAGAAGCGCUCAAUGCUACCAUUAAUUAUGGCCCGUAUGCGGGAGAGGUGCAAGGUCUAUGCGCCUGGCCCACGCGGCCCCUAUGGCGAAGCGACGAUAACAGCACGUUUGAUUGCGUGGAUGACAGCGCAAGUGUCGCUACUUGGGAUUACUCGUUUCCCGCUUUCAAGCUCCCAGUGUACUAA